CCAAUCGUGUAAUCCAGAAACGUCAGCGAGCCAGUGAACAUUAAGCGGAGCAGACCAAAAUCCCAAACAAGGAAAUGAUGGGGUUGGAAAUGCUUAGAUUAUUUAAUUAAUAUCGUUUAAUAAUUAAUUAUUUUUCACUGUAAAGUGAAUUAUAUUUAUGGGUUACAAUGGAUUAUGAUUUCAAAACGAAGCUCGCAGCUGAACGAGAGAAAGUGGAAGAUCUGUUUGAAUAUGAAGGUUGUAAAGUGGGUCGCGGUACCUACGGGCAUGUUUAUAAAGCCAAGCGCAAAGACGGAAAGGAUGAAAAAGAGUAUGCACUAAAACAGAUUGAAGGUACUGGAAUAUCUAUGUCUGCAUGCAGAGAAAUUGCGAAAAUGACUGAAGAGUUCUGAAAGUGAAGCUAACAGGAAGGCACCUCAGCAAACAUAAGGAAGACUUUCCAGAACAUGUUUCAGUUCAAGCUGCUGUAGCCUUGCAAAGAAAAAAUAUGUGAGAUAGAAUUACCAUCAGUUAAUAAUAGUUUGUUUAACUAAAAUUUGUACUUAAAUAUUAGAGUGCAGAACAAAACUAAGAAUGCCCUGUUUUAUUACAUGGAAGUGCAGAUAUUAUAAUUUGCUUUAGCUAUUUCAGACAUAGGCAUGAUUAUUGAAUAUCAAAGUAAGUAUGCGAGUAUGCACAAAAGCUACUCUGUGGUUUUAUUUUAACAAACGUUAACAGUGAAACAGUACUUCUAUUGUAACAGUUUAUAUUGGGUGCAUUCACACUACAAUAGUGAAGCCAGAUGUAAUGUUACAAUUAAAAUUUUACUUAUUAAAUCAGAUUACAAAUGCCUAUGAUUCAGACAGUGUUGAUCAUAAUGAAAGUGACUGCAGUAGCAUGUAUCUUGAUCCGUAUGAUGUGCUAGAAUUUUACCUCAAUGCGUCAAUAUUAUACUUAAACAUUGCAUCAGCAUCACUGCUACUCAAACCACUAAUUCCUUUAAACCACUAAUGCAUCCUUUGCUGAAUCACAGAUGAUAAUUAGAGAUUUUAAACUGACAAACUUACAGUAGAUGCAAACAAUAAAGUUUAAUUUUAACAGGGGAAAAAUUUAAAAUUAUAUUCUAAAUGUAUCAUAAUAGCUGAUUUUUAUUUUCUGUUAAAAUGAAGUUAUAUUCUUGUCAUUGCAUCUUGUUGGUUGGAUUUGCAAGUAAGAAUUUCACUAUACUGUGUAUAUGUGAAAAUUCUGUUAUUGCUAACAAUAUUAAUGAUGGGGCGGCAUGGUGGCGCAGUGGGUAGCGUUGCUGCCUCGCAGUUAGGAGA